AUGACAGACAAUGGACGCAGAGCAAAUCCGAAUGCUAAAAUAAAUACCGUGCUUUUGCCGAAUCCCAAGGAUAAAUCAAACAUAAACGUUACAUUUCGAGAUGGAAAAACCAUGGAUUUCGAUGCGAGUACGAUGAAAAUAACCGA